AUGGCAUUGGAGUUCCUGGGCUUGCAGCUGCCGCCGCCGCCUCGUCCACGCAACCCGAGCGCCCCUUCUUCCCCAAGCAGCAGCGGAGAAGGCGAAGCGGCCGGCGGGGGCGAGGCAGAUGGGGCUCAAGGCGCGCAGGGCGGCGGGGGCGGCUGGCGGCGGCGGCGACGGGGGCGGCGGAGGCGGCGGGGCCGCUAACCCAGCUGGAGGGGACGCGGCGGCGGCCGGCGACGAGGAGCGGAAAGUGGGGCUGGUGCCCGGAGACGUGGAGCAAGUCACCUUGGCGCUUGGAGCCGGAGCUGACAAAGACGGGACCCUGCUACUAGAGGGCGGUGGCCGCGACGAGGGGCUGCGGAGGACCCCGCAGGGCAUCGGGCUCCUGGCCAAGACCCCGCUGAGCCGCCCGGUCAAGAGGAACAACGCCAAGUACCGGCGCAUCCAAACUUUGAUCUACGACGCCCUCGAGAGACCGCGGGGCUGGGCGCUGCUCUACCACGCGCUGGUGUUCCUGAUUGUCCUAGGGUGCUUGAUUCUGGCUGUGCUGACCACCUUCAAGGAGUACGAAACUGUCUCCGGAGACUGGCUCCUGCUGCUGGAAACAUUCGCUAUUUUCAUCUUUGGAGCCGAGUUUGCUUUGAGGAUCUGGGCUGCCGGAUGUUGCUGUCGGUACAAAGGCUGGAGGGGACGACUGAAGUUUGCCAGGAAGCCCCUGUGCAUGCUGGACAUCUUCGUGCUGAUCGCCUCCGUGCCGGUGGUUGCGGUGGGAAACCAGGGCAAUGUCCUGGCCACCUCCCUGCGAAGCCUGCGCUUCCUGCAGAUCCUGCGCAUGCUGCGGAUGGACCGAAGGGGUGGCACCUGGAAGCUCCUGGGCUCGGCCAUCUGCGCCCACAGCAAAGAACUCAUCACGGCCUGGUACAUCGGCUUCCUGACCCUCAUCCUGUCUUCAUUUCUUGUCUACCUGGUGGAGAAGGAUGUGCCGGAGGUGGACGCGCAAGGAGAGGAGAUGAAGGAGGAGUUUGAGACCUAUGCAGAUGCCCUCUGGUGGGGUCUGAUCACACUGGCCACUAUUGGCUAUGGAGACAAAACUCCCAAGACGUGGGAAGGCCGUCUGAUUGCUGCCACCUUUUCCUUAAUUGGUGUCUCCUUCUUUGCCCUUCCAGCGGGCAUCCUGGGGUCAGGGUUGGCCCUCAAGGUACAGGAGCAGCACCGUCAGAAGCACUUUGAGAAAAGGAGGAAGCCAGCUGCUGAGCUCAUCCAGGCUGCCUGGAGGUAUUAUGCUACCAACCCAAACAGGAUCGACCUUGUGGCAACGUGGAGAUUUUAUGAAUCAGUCGUCUCUUUUCCAUUCUUCAGGAAAGAACAGCUGGAGGCAGAUGCCAGCCAAAAGCUGGGUCUCUUGGAUCGGGUUCGCCUUUCUAAUCCUCGUGGUAGCAAUACUAAAGGAAAGCUAUUUACCCCUCUGAAUGUAGAUGMCAUAGAAGAAAGUCCUUCUAAAGAACCAAAGCCUGCUGGCUUAAACAAUAAAGAGCGCUUCCGCACCGCCUUCCGCAUGAAAGCCUACGCUUUCUGGCAGAGCUCCGAAGAUGCUGGGACAGGCGAUCCCAUGGCAGAAGACAGGGGCUACGGAAAUGACUUCCUCAUCGAAGACAUGAUCCCCACCCUCAAGGCCGCCAUCCGAGCCGUCAGAAUUCUGCAAUUCCGUCUCUAUAAAAAAAAGUUCAAGGAGACGUUGAGGCCUUAUGACGUGAAGGAUGUGAUUGAGCAGUAUUCCGCAGGCCACCUCGACAUGCUUUCCAGGAUAAAAUACCUUCAGACCAGAAUAGACAUGAUUUUCACCCCUGGACCUCCAUCCACGCCGAAACAUAAGAAGUCUCAGAAAGGGACAACUUUCACCUAUCCAUCCCAGCAAUCUCCCAGGAAUGAACCAUAUGUAGCCAGAGCAUCCACAUCGGAAAUGGAAGACCAAAGUAUGAUGGGGAAGUUUGUCAAAGUCGAAAGACAGGUUCAUGACAUGGGGAAGAAGCUGGAUUUCCUUGUGGACAUGCAUAUGCAGCAUAUGGAGCGGCUGCAGGUGCAUGUCACCGAGUACUACCCGACCAAGGGGACCUCCUCGCCAGCUGAAGGGGAGAAGAAAGAGGACAACAGGUAUUCUGAUUUGAAAACCAUCAUCUGCAACUAUUCUGAGACAGGUGCCCCUGAUCCCCCCAACACCUUCCACCAGGUGCCCAUCGACAAAGUCGGCCCCUAUAGGUUUUUUGCAUAUGACCCGGUGAAUCCGCCCCGAGGGGAACCCAGUUCCGCAAAGGUUCAGGCCACUCUGCCUUCCUCGGCGUCCACCUAUGCAGAGAGGCCCACCGUCCUGCCGAUCUUGACUCUUCUCGACUCCCGAGUGAGUUACCACUCCCAGGCUGAACUGCACGGCCCCUACUCGGACCACAUCUCGCCCCGGCAGAGGCGUAGCAUCACGCGGGACAGCGACACACCUCUGUCCCUGAUGUCUGUCAAUCAUGAAGAGCUGGAGCGGUCUCCGAGUGGCUUCAGCAUCUCCCAGGACAGAGAUGAUUAUAUGUUUGGCCCCACUGCGGGGUCGAGCUGGAUGAGGGAGAAGCGGUACCUCGCCGAGGGUGAGACGGACACCGACACGGACCCCUUCACGCCCAGCGGCUCCAUGCCUCUGUCGUCCACAGGGGACGGGAUUUCGGAUUCAAUAUGGACCCCUUCCAACAAGCCCUCUUAAAAGGGGUCACUGGCUGACUCCUCCUUGUAAUGUAGACAGACUCUGUAUAGUUCACUUACUCUCACAUCCAGCGCUUACCAGCGGGGACACCAAUGGCUGCAUCAAGUGCAUGCGCGUGCGUGGUGGCCCCCCGCGAGCAGGGGCUUCUCACGACCUUCUUCCUCCCACGUCGCCACAACGAAGCUGCUUCCUUUCAGCAUGGUUUGCAUGACUUGACACUAUAUAAAUGGUACCGCUAAUCUCUUCUAGGA